GGCUCGCUGGUCGCUGCUGCAGCACAAACACGCAUACACAUACGAACCGUUAAUUUUAGCUAACGCUAGCUAGCUGGUUAGCGCCGCGCCAUAAAGAUUUGUCAUUGCAAUAUAUUCAGUGGCACUAAAAAUGAGCGACAACGACAAAGGUUACGGCGAGCGGGUUAAGAUUGGACGAAGAAAAUGCGGAAGAAGUCCACUUUAUUUUCAAUAAUAUGAAGCUCAGAUGUGUGAAGCUGAAUUGUUGAAUGCAUGCUAAAACAUGACGAGGGAAGAAGUAUGGGCAGUGAGAGAUGGGGGAAGUAAGAAGAAGUAAAACAAUUGAAGAAAGAAGAAUAAUGUGAAGUAAUGAAGUUACAGAAAUGAAGUUAAGGAAGUAAUCUGGAUAAUGCCACCCGCUAAGUAAUUUUCUGGAGUCCCUCUCUGCAUCCAGGAGUGUGAGUCCUCGGGGCUCUAGGAAGUCUGCAAGCCCCUCCCCAGCUCGGUCGCCUGCCCGUUCAAAAGAAGGCUCCCGCCACUCCCGCUCCAAAUCUCGGUCCCGGUCCAGGUCAAAAUCUGGGUCCCACUCUCACCAUGGCUCACGGAGACACUAUAGCCGAUCUCGAUCCCGCUCAAGGUCCUACCGCCGCCGAUCUCACAGUAGGUCCUACAGUGGAGAGCGCAGGCGCAGGAGUCAUAGCCGCUCACCGAUGUCCAACCGCCGCAGGCACAUUGGCAACCGAGCCAAUCCAGACCCAAACGGUUGUGUGGGAGUGUUUGGCCUGAGCUUGUACACCACGGAGAGGGAUCUGAGGGAAGUCUUCUCUAAAUACGGCCCCCUGGCGGAUGUCUCUAUUGUGUAUGACCAGCAGUCGAGGCGUUCCAGGGGCUUUGCUUUUGUGUACUUUGAGAACACCGGUGAUGCCAAGGAGGCAAAGGAACGAGCAAAUGGCAUGGAGCUGGAUGGUCGUAGGAUCAGGGUAGAUUUCUCCAUCACCAAAAGACCUCACACCCCAACCCCUGGGAUCUACAUGGGCCGACCCACAUAUGGUGGUGGUGGUGGUGGUAGUAGUAGUAGUAGUGGAGGUGGAGGAAGUGGUCCAAGUGGUCCUCGCCGCAACUCACGAGACUACGACCGUGGAUACGACCGUGGAUACGACCGUGGAUACGACAGAGGUGGCUAUGAACGCUAUGACGACAGGGAUCACUACAGGUCAUACAGAAGGCGAUCUCCGUCCCCAUACUACAGAGGGGCUUAUAGGUCUCGGUCCAGAUCGCGCUCCUAUUCUCCCCGACGCUAUUGAACCUUGUUGUCAAGCCCCUCCACCUCCCACACACAGACAGGAAAUAUUUGUGUGGAAUGACUGAUUUCAGGAUAGAUCUUCUUUUUUUAAGGAGAUCAUCACAUGUCUGUUUGGUAACAUACAUGACCAGUAUGUGUUUACUGAGAUCAGUUGUGUCAUUUGACAUGACUCCAACUGCCCCCUCAUGAUUUUAAUUUUAAAUGUAUAGGCCACGUCUAUC